AUGAUGUUCAUAUGUGGAAAAGGAAAGGAAGAUUACCUAUCAAGCAAAAAUCCUAUCCCAGACCAAGUUGAUCAAAGAUACAAGAAAUGGAAAGCAGAAAAUAAUAUGGUUAUGUCAUGGCUAAUCAACUCCAUGACGACAGAGAUUGGUGAAGGUUUUUUUUACUCUUCUCAACUGCAAGCGAAAUCUGGGAAGCAGCUCGUGAAACUUAUUCUGACUAAGAAAAUAUUGCAAAGUCAUUUGAAAUUGAAGGCAAAAUUCAUGAGCUACGACAAGGGGAUAUGCAAGUCACUCACUAUUUUACUCAACUAUCUCGACUUGUUCAAAUUUUUGCUUGGCCUUAAUAAAGAACUCGAUGAAGUACAUGGUAGAAUCUUAGCUAUUAAACCAUUACCUAACAUCAAAGAAAUUUUUGCAAAAGUGAGAGAAGAAAGCAGGAAGAAACUAAUGUUAGGAGUGACUGCCAGUUCAAAAUCUGAAGGAUCAGCCUUACUUGCUCAAAACCUCGGUAAUGAGGUACAUACAAAUACUCAUGAUAACCAUUACAAUCGAAACCAGAACUACACAGGAAAUGAGAAUCGGCAACAAAAACCAAGACCAUGGUGUGAAUACUGUAAAAAACCAGGACACACUAAAAAAGUGUGUUGGGAUAUUCAUGGAAAACCUCCAGAUUGGAAGCCCAUCAAAGGUGCAAGAGACAGACGUGGAAAGGCCUAUUAA